CGGCGCCUUAAAACUGAGACUUGUGGCAUUAUUCCUAGCCUCGGCGUGGAUUUUUAUAAGACGGAAAGGAGCUGCUUGGGCAGGGUGAUGUGCUGUGCUCGCGGAACGACUGCAGGGCGGAACUGAAGUCCUUGGAUGCGAGGGGACUGCGGGGCGCGGGGGAAGAGGUCCGCCAGCGGGCACGGUCCGCCGUGCUCAUUUCCUCGGCCGAGCCUCCGCCGGCAGGUGCGCGUCUUCAAGGAAAGCCGUCCCCUCGCCGCCUGGGCCUGCAUCCCGUUGAACUCGGGGGGCCUUGGCUUACGAGUGCUGAUUGUCCCUUGGGCUUCCAGGCAAAUGAUAACAGGAGGACUUGGAGAUUGUAUAGAAGCCAGUAUUGCCGUCUUUCCUAAUGGAAGAGGCUCCUAAGCCAACUCUUCAGGAUGAACUGGAAUGGUGCAUUUCUCAGCUGGAGACUGGCCUCUUACGUCUCAACCCAACUCCAAAACAAGCUGAGGAGACACAGCGGAUCCUCAGGGUUCUGCGGUCACGCAAGACAUCUCUUGGGAAAAAGCGCCAGGUGAUGCACCAUGUCUUUGGGGACUACCGGCUCAAGAUGGCAGAGGAGAGGAAGAGAGCUGCAAACCCAGGGAUGAGACCUGAGAUGGUACAGAUACAACCCGAAGAUAAUCUCACUUCAGGCAGCGUGGUGUACAGAAGGCGAUCUAGCCACCCUUCCACAGCAGCAGCUGCAUCUUGGUUUGUGCCGUCAGAUAAUAACUUUCAGUUUGGCUUUGCUCUUCCUGAAAUGGCCUCGGAAGAUACCCACCAUGGGACCACAGCAGAAGCCCAUGAGUUCGAUGAUUCCAAAGAACAGCCCGUUGGAAAUGGUCUAUCUGAGACACUUAAUUUUUCCACUGGAACACAGAGCCCCAAAUUUGCUUUCAACUUUGUCAUCCCAGAUGAUUCCCCAGAAAUGGGAGCAGCUGCAGAGGCUGGCUGCUCAUCCCAAGAAGCCACAGUGCCACUGGAGAGAGCAGAUUUACUGAGACCUGACAGGCCACCUGUGAUGAACAGUGCAGGCGGAAGAGAUGAAGAAUGCUCUGCACAAGCGAUGCCUAAAUUGGAGACUCCCCAAGUAGCCUUAACAGGGAGUGAGGAGACACCGUUGACAGUGACACCAGGUGGUUCCUCCAAAAGGAGAAAGAAAAAGAAACAGAAACAGCCACCCUCAAGUGUAGCACGCUGUGAUGAUGUGAAUGGAGCCAGCCAGCCCCAUAGCAAAAGUACAGCUAAUCAAGCUGAGGGACGUCAGUCAGAAGAACAGACAAGGAGGGAGGUGGACUGGUGUGUGGAACAGCUGGAACUGGGCCUGAAGACUCAGAAGUCAACUCCCAAGCAGAUGGAAGAAGCCCGCCGGGCCCUCAGGACACUGCGCAGCGAGAAGGCGGUGCUGGCAAAGAAGCGCCAGCUGAUGCGGGCCCUGUUUGGCGACUACAGAACCAAGAUGGCAGAGGAAAGGCAGAAGCAGCUGAAGUCCAUGCUAGCAGCUUCCAAAGCCGCUUGCAUCACAGAAGUAACUGAGGAUGCCCACAAGAAGAAGAGCCAGGUUUUCCGGAAGUCUGCGAAAAUGGCCGGAAGAGCCCAGAGCUCCGCUGAACCCUUUCUUUGCCCGUCUGUCACCUCAGCUUGUCCUAGGGCAGCUCACACUUGCUCUUCGGUGUUUGCACCUUCUCAAGAAGAGUUUCACUUUAAUUUCUUCUAAGGAAGCCUGCUGGACAUGUGUGGAUUGAAUUUUGAGUUGCCGCUAAAAACAUGGUGGAUGCUUUCUUUGGAAACAAGGAGCCUCCAAUCCCCCGCACCUCACUCCAAAAACUGAAUUGCAGUGUGGCCUGCAAAAAGAAAAGCAGUGUGGUUGAAUAGUGGAAAAAUUCUACCCAAGUGCCUUGUGGGGGUGACUGGAGAUAAAGAUGGUAUGAUGUAAAGAGUGACUGAACAGAUCAAAGAAUUUUCUACUUGAGUCAAAUAUAAAAUAAAUGGGUUUCCAGAA